AUGCUAGGCGCUGAAAUACUCACUCCACUCACUGAUGUGUGCGUGAUGCUGAUCACGCUUCCGUACAUUGACUGGGUGAUGCUAGGCAUCGCAGCAGUGUACGGAAUGAGAAUCGUCGCGUUUUGCGUAAGACAAGUAACGCGAGAUGUCGACGAGAUGCCUCCGUCUCCUGGAACCUCCGGCACGUCUGAAUCAGCAAUGGCGGGGGAUGUGAGGGAGGCGGAGGGGGAGGAGGAGGACGGCGACAGCAAGGAGGCCGACGUCCUUGAAAGGCCGCUGUUGUCCACUCCUGAAAUUCAAGUUCUGCCUCCUUCCAUGCAUACUCUAGCCUGUGCAACACCAGUUCCACGCGAAGCACAUGAAGCCAGUCGCCAUGAUUAUGGUGUCACCAAGUCGCAGGUGGCCGUUGAACGCAUCGGACACGAAUUCGAGGUGAAUGAGAUUGUUCACUCACCAAUGGACAGAGACGUGUCCGAGAACGACACCACUGCUGCUGACUGGUCAGUGGGUGGUCGUGAUCGACGCCUUUGCGAUGGUGACAAGGAAUGCAAUUUCAACAACGAAAUGGCUCGUUGUCAAUUGCUCUCCAACCACGCGAACCACAUCUCCUCUAAGAUCCAGUCAUCUGUAGAAGGGCCCCUGUUUGGCGGUAAAAUCAAACGGCCUGACGAGUUAGUGCUGCAUUUUGACGCACAGAUGCAAAAGCUUGCAAUCGUCGCAUAG